AACGCCAUUCAUCAGUACGAAAUUGUCGUCCCACAAAAUAAGACUUACAUAUAUGUACACAUUAGCCUAACAACUUAAGUCUUGUAUUUCUGACGACAUUUACUGACUCCUAACAAAGUUCAAACCCGCAUAGCGAAAUGUAUUCCUUACCCGAAUUAGUAUCCUGGUUUGGUCUUAUCGACGGAAAAUUUGUGAUCACAUUCGUUCUUGCGUUCAUAAUUUAUUACUUGACAAAACGAGAUAGAAGAAUAUCCAAAUUUCUUGAAAACGUACCCGGUCCCCCUACAAUCCCGCUGUUUGGUAAUGCAUUAUCCCUCUUACGCCCCCGGUAUGAAUUGAAGGAUGUAUAUAUCUCAUGGUACAAUAAAUUUGGACCUAAUUUUGUAAUUUGGUUUGCAAAUCACCCAAUCGUAACGUUAUGUGAGGCCUCAUCUGUUGAAACCAUUUUAUCCUCAUCUGUACUUCUUGAGAAACCCAUGGAAUACGAUGUAGGUCUUGGGUGGCUUGGACGCGGUCUCCUGACAGCAAAAGCGAGAAAAUGGCGUGGCCGACGAAAACUGCUGACACCAACGUUCCAUUUCAAAAUCCUGGAGGAGUUUAGCGUCGUGUUUAACGAGCAAGCUGACGUGCUUACGAAAAUAUUGAAGGAAAAGGCUGACGGGAAACCGUUUAAUAUUUUCCCAUUUAUGGCAAGAUGUGCGUUGGAUAUAAUUUGUGAAACUGCAAUGGGAAAAAAACUUAACGCCCAAGUACAACAGGAUGGAGAUGAUGAAUACUUAAAUGCAGUUUCCGAAUAUGGCUGCUUAUUGCUGGAGAAAAUUACUAGACCUUGGCUUCAAAUCGGCUUGAUUCGGAGACUGAGUGGUUUUGAGGCUAAAGAAGCGCAACUAAUUAAAGUUCUUCAUGAUUUUACUGAUAAGGUCAUAAUUGCGAAGAAGCUUGAAAGAAAAAAUGCAGAAAAUUCAAAUCCAUCCAUAAUUGAUCACAUAGAGGAUGGCACAUCACAAAAAAAACGAAAAGCAUUUUUGGAUCUACUAUUGGACUUAUCGGAACAAAGUGAUGAUGGAGAUGGAACUUUAACGGAUGUCGAAAUCAGAGAAGAAACAGACACUUUUAUGUUUGCGGGUCAUGAUACCACCUCUGCCAGUAUGUCGUGGACAAUUUUAAUGUUAUCUUUCCAUGAAAAUCAACUACACCAGAAAUUGAUUCAAGAAGAACUUGACGGAAUCUUUGGGGCUGAUAAGAAUCCGAAUAUCACUUCUUCCGACGUCUCAAAAAUGAAAUACUUAGAUUACUGCAUCAAAGAGACGUUACGAAUAUGGCCAAGUGUGCCCGUUUUUUUGCGACACCUUUCCGAAGACCUGAAAAUUGGGGAAAAUAUUCUCCCGAAAGGAAUAACCAUUGGUAUUUCUAGCUAUUUUGUACACCGGGAUCCAAACGUGUUCCCAAACCCGGAAGUCUUUGACCCUAUGCGCUUCUCCCCUGAAAAUUUGGUGGGUAGGAAUCCCUUCGCGUAUAUUCCAUUUUCAGCAGGGCCUCGCAAUUGCAUCGGACAAAAGUUUGCUUUACUCGAGGAGAAAAUUGUUUUGUCAAAACUAUUUUUGAACUAUAAUUUCCAAUCUGUCGAGAAAAGGGAAGAUGUAAAAAUGGUUUCAGAAAUUAUUAUUCGGCCGUAUGACGGCAUUAAUGUAAAAGUAACGAAAAGAAACUGACUGCAAAAGUAAAGUUUAUCAUGUUCUAAUUAUCUACUUAUGUAGUUUCAAGUCAUUACUAAUGACUCAUUAGACGGUAAAUAAAUUGUGAAAAACGAUUUAGUCUUUAGUA